AUGAGACGAUCCACUGGUGGGCUUUGCGCGGCAGCUGCUGGAGAGGAGGAUGAUGAAGUGCAACUGCAGCAGCAGCAGCAGCAGCAGCAUCAUCAGCACCAGCGUCAGCAGCAGCAGCAGCAGCAGCAGCAGCAGCAAGACUGGGAAAUAGAGCACCGGCUGCACCCUGCUCGCCGGUCUCCUCCUCUGCAGCAGCAUGAGUCUCAGGAUAAGGAGCUGCCGCAGCAGCGGCCUAAUCAGCAGCAGCAACCUCCUCUGCAGCAGCAUGAGUCUCAGGAUAAGGAGCUGCCGCAGCAGCGGCCUAAUCAGCAGCAGCAACCCCAGCAGCAGCAGCAGCAGCAGCAGCAGCAGCAGCAGCAGCAACAGCAGCAGCAGGAAGCUUCGCGUCAACGAAAGAGGGUGUUAAAGCUGUGUGGCGGUUUGCUUCGCCGCGCAUGCAGAAACAGCAGCAGCAGCAGCAACAGCAGGAGCAGGAGCAGCAGCAGCAGCUCCGAAUCUCUUUCACUGCAGCAAAUAAUAAUAAAUGAUACAGCAGCAAGAGAUGUAGAAAAAGAUUAUCCUGUUCCUCUCUGGUUGAAACGCCAGGGUGUAUGUGCACCCUGUCCAUACACCCAAACCUUUCAGGGGAAAUAUGGCGUUAUUAAUUACUCUGUAAAGGGAAUACACAACACAAAAACUGUAAGCACAAAACAGCAGCAGCAGCAGCAGCAGAACCAAAAGAAAAAGCAGCAGCAGCAGCAGCAAAAGAAGAAGCAGCAGCAGCAGCAGCAGCAGCAGCAAAAGAAAAGGCAGCAGCAGCAGCAGUAG